CGAGGUCGCCGUGCCGCGGUGUGUGCCGGAGGAGGCGGUUGCGCAGGUUUUAUUCCUCUCCGCCAUCGCCUCGCCGGCCCCGACCAUGUACCGGCAGAGCUUCCGCUCCCCGACGCCUCCGUACGCGGGCGGCGGUUUCCGGAGCCCUCAGCCCGGCGGAGGCCCCAUGCCCCCCUCCCCACGGGGUUACGGGAGCCCCCACCAUACGUCGCCCUACGGCCACCGGCCUGGGCCUUACGGCAGCGGCCACUCUCCCCGAGGCCAGGGUUUCCAUGGCGGCGGUGGGCGGUUCGGGACUCCGUCGCCGGGGGGCCAGACCCCGCGCAGGCCGCAGAGCGUCAGCCCCCGGUACCCUGCUCCCUACAGCGGCACAUCCCCGGCCGGAGCUCCCCCGCACCCGCAGCAGCACAAGCGCUCGUCCGGGGGCUUCCCGAGGCACUACCAGGGAUCACCCAGGACAUCUACUCCAUUUGGUACAGCGCAUGGCAGAGAGAAAAGAGUGUCUAAUGAUGUGGAAAGCUAUUACAGACCUUCAAUGAUUGAGGACCCUUGGGCUGGCCUAGAGCCAGUUUCUGUUACAGACAUAAACCAAGAAUACAGCAGUGAGCAAACAACAUAUACUGGUAAAAAAGGGAGGUAUUUCAGCUAACACUUUUAAAGGUCAAACAACUCCAUCUUGUCAGGAAAACUUUGGGGCAAAACCUUUACAUUUAUACAAGAUGAACAAUAACCAGGACCUUAGGGAAUGCUUUUAUUUGUUCACACAUCCACCUUUUUAUCCCACCUUUUUUGGUAUUUUUUUUUUAAAUUGCAGUGGAUAUUUUUAUGAAUGGGAGGGAAAAGGAGUGGUAGGAAAACUUACAUUUCUGGCUACAUGGAAGUGCCUACCAGCUUUGAAGAACAAAGUGUUCUUUAAUCACCAGCGACUGAUUUGUGACUGUUAAAACAGGUUUCCAUAUAUUUAACUCUUCCAUGCCAGAUUGUUAGCCUUUUAUUGUAAACUCCUUCAGGAAAUGGUAUUUUUUUAUGUUUCACCAUUUUUAGAAUGAAGUAACUUGGAAAUAAAAAUUUUGUAAAUCCUUGCUUUGUAAUGUAUUGAGAUUAUCUUAGGCCUUUCGUUAAGGUAUACACAUUAACACAAAUAGUAAAAAAAAAUAGUGAAAUUAGGUGACUUCUGUAAAUGUGUUUGUAUGUUGUAGUUAAUAUCUGAUUUUGUGCAUAAUAUUUUUUGUUAAUUGUAGUGUAACAUGAAGUUGAAACAUGAUUUUUAGCCAUCUGAGUAAACAAAUGUAUUGUCUUUGGAAAGUUUUAAUUGUUGACCCAGUUUUUGAGUUAUAAACAUCAUUCUGUAAUCAUUUGCUUUUGUAUUUUAAAAAGAAUCUUAUUUGGAACAAAAUUAGAUAUUUCUGUAUUAUUGCAACAAGUCUGUUUUGUGGCAGUUUAAGCCUAAGAAGCACAUAAAACACCAAGAUAAAAUAAACCCAAAUAUACUUCCUGUAUCCACCUGUUAGAAUAGAAUAGAACAAAUCAAUGUUGAUUAUACAGCUGACAUAGUACAUGUAUAGCAUCUCUUUUUAGCUGCAUAAGAAUUUUCCAUUUUUUACUGUUUUUUAUUUUUACCUAUGGCAGACAUCUUUCCUUAGAGAAGUCUAUGUGUGCAUGCAUGCUCUAUUUUUAUACCAAGGAAGAAAACGGUGAGGGUUUUUUUCAAGCUCAUCCAUAUGUGGAGAAUUUAUUCUUAAAUCCAGUAGUGAAUACUGUAAUCUAGAAAAAAUAGUUCUAGCUGCAGGCAUGCUCUUAAAAUGUCAUGUUAACUCUGCAGUAGAUAGCUAAAUUUUUGCUGACCCUACCACUAUUUGUUGGUUGAUCUUGGCAUCUAAGCAGUAGGUAAUGGGUGAAAACUUAGUUAAAAUAAUUAAAAGCAUUAGUUGAGUUUUCAAAAUCUGUAUAUUAUUUUAAGCUUCUUAGAUAAUUCACAGAAGACUGAUUUUUUGUAGUCCUGAAACAUGGUUAGGCAGAAAAGCACAGGGAAUCAUGUCAGUCUGUUCUUAGUAACUUGUCUUGUGCUGAGGUAGAAUAGUCCUCAAUAUUUCCUUGUUUCAGCAAAAAAUGUCUUGGCACUGCCUUCAGGAACAACUCCAGCUGGAAGCGGGUUAACACAUUUAAAUGUGCUGGCUUAGUCUCUUACACUUUGACCCAAACAUUGUGUCUUCCACCAGUUGAUGGUUUUAGUAUUAUAUCCAAAAAAGCUGCUCAGAAAACUCAGAACAAAAUGCCUGCUUAAUUUCACAAAUGGUUAAAUCUUCAUCACGGAAUCAAAACUAUGCCUCGAGUGUCAGGUGUUGGUAUUAUCUGUGAUGUGUACCAGUAAAACUGAAAUUACUUGACUGAGAUAGUCUUCAGAAUUAAAUAAAUUCAUCAAUGCCAUUGUGAAAAGUGCAACAUAAAAUUUGAUUUUCUUUUUAACCUUGUCAGAUGCUGCAAAGCUCACAAAAAAAAUUCCAGGGGGCUUAAUAGAGUCAUCUUUUGUCCCUGUUUCCUUUGUGAUUCCAUGCAGUUAACACUUUGCAAUGUUUGAUGGCCUUGGGAAACAGAUGCAGUGUUAUUUAAGAGACUACAAUUGUGAUGUGUUCCUAGUUAGAUGUGAAACUGGGCUGUUAGAGACUGUUAGAGAGGGAACUGUUUAUAUAUACAGUGGCCAAUAUCAUCUGCCCUUGCACAUUGCAAAGAUGCAGUUUUCUACUUUGACUUCGCAGCUGACCUAGGGAGCAAAGCCUCCUCUGGUGCUUACUUGUUAACUCCUGGAACCAGGUGUCAGACAUCAACGAAGGUAAAUGCUCCAGAAAGACAACUGAGGAGACAAUCUCGAAGCAUUGUUUAAUCAGUAGAGGAUUUCCACAAUGCCAUCUGUUAAGCUGCUGCUCCAAUGCACUUCAGGAUAUGACCCAACACUUUUAUGUAUAUAAUACUGCUAAAGACUCCAGUUAUUUGGUCAAGAAUCACCAAGGAAUUAAAAUGUAGGUUCAAUAGACUUGCUAACAUUAUACAUCACCAAAAACUUAAAAAUUAUUCAUCUUUCUGGCUUCUAGGAGAAAUUCUGCAAUUACAGUAAAAUCUUGAAAUGUUAUUGUUGAAUACCUGUAAAAUAUAUGAGCACAUGUUCAGAACUAUAAAUACAAUGUACUUGCAGCCAAUUUAAGCUUUGCCUUUUUAAUAUGAUACCCAGGAAGCUUAAGCAAUUACUUCCUCAAUGAUUUUUCUCUUUUUUCUCAUGUGGCAAACAUUCUUUUUCCCCAUGUUUCUAGUGUAGCUAGGAUAUAUCACUUCCUCAUUUGUUAAUGAAGCCAAUUGUAGUAACAGUCUAGCUCUGGAAAUAGCAUUUAGUGAUAAAAAGUACAGCACAAAUGCAUCCUUUCUUCAUGAAUGGAUGAAACAUAAUAGUGCCUGUGUCUUGUUAACAAAGGGGUUCUUCUUUGGUGAACACACUAAGAAUAUGGGGAUCUUUCUUCCUUCAACAGACUUGUUAGACUUGAAGGUAAGUAACUUAGCUCUUUUUCCAGAAGUUAGGAUUCAUGUACAUCUCUUCCCUUACGUUUUGUUUGUAUUGGGUUUGUGCAGCAAAUCCCUCUGACUUUUCAUUCAGUUGUUGUGAAAGAGUUGUAUAACUCAUGAUUAAUUAUCUUCUAGCAAAAACUUAUUUAAUUUGUUGUUUGCCACUGUGUUUUAACAGCAAACUGCAUUGCCACUACCUUGUGCUAAUAUCACAGUAAGAUAACUUGAAUCAACCAAGUAUAAAUCUGCAUAAUCUGGCAACACACCAGGUGGGG